CCUGUCAAGCGCUUGAGACCAAUUGUAAGAUGCCCAACUGUCAGGUACCACACUAAAGUACGUCAAGGCCGAGGAUUUACAUUAGAAGAGUUGAAGGCUGCUGGUAUAAACCGUAGAGAAGCACCAACUAUUGGAAUAGCUGUUGAUUAUCGCAGGCGUAAUAAAUCAAUUGAAUCUCUUCAAAUUAAUGUCGCUAGAUUGAAGGAAUAUCGCUCCAAGUUGAUUCUCUUCCCCAAGAAUGCUAAAAAGCCGAAGAAGGGAGACUCAACUGAAGAAGAGUGCAAGGUAGCCACGCAACUGCGUGGCGAAAUAAUGCCAAUUCGUCAGAAAGCGCUUGUUAAAUCCAAGGCCCGUGUAAUCACCGAAGAAGAAAAGAAGAUCUCAGCUUAUGUGACGCUUCGUAAAGCUCGCGCUGAUGCUAGGUUGGUCGGAAUCAGAGCCAAGAGAGUUAAAGAAGCCGCUGAGAACCCUGAUGAUGUCACCAAGGUUCCUGCGGGAGACAAGAAGGCUAAGAAAUGA